CUAAUACUACUAUAUAAUAAAACGGAUUUCUAACUCCAUACGCAUCAGAUUGAAUCAUAUCCAGAUUCAAACCCUCUCAACAAACCUAACAUCCAACACAACCAUGGAUUUUCAUCACGUAUCCUCUUCUCUUCAUCAAUUCAGAGCUUCCGCUAAUUCCUACUUGCUUCAAUUCGAGCCUCUCGCCCUGCUUCUCAUACCUCUCUCGACGCUUUUCUUCGCCAGAUUACUUCGAUCCAUGCUUGCUGUGGUUUCCGAGAAAGGUCUCAAAUCUUCGGCCGUCGAGCUGGUCAUGGCCUCUGUCAAAUUGGUGCCUGGUGUGCAGAGGUACAUCGAUGCUGAAAAGCAAAAGGUUGUGGAUAAGUUGCAAGGUUCUGGUAAAUCGAAGAGAGACGGUUGGAGGACUGAGUUGCCUAUGGCAGGCUUAGGAGGUGAGGUUAUUGAUAAAAUGAAAGAUGAGAAGCUAAAAGAUGUGGCAUGGCAGGGCAAAUGUUCUGGUACAGUAUACAUUGCAGGAAGCGAACAGGAAGGGCAUUUUUCGUUGAUCAAUGAGGCAUGCUCCAUGUUUGCGCAUACCAAUCCUUUGCAUCUAGAUGUAUUCCAGAGUGUAGUGAAGUUUGAAUCUGAAGUCGUGGCAAUGACAGCAGCCCUGCUUGGGAGUAAGGAAAAGGCUUCUGGUGGGCAAAUAUGUGGAAAUAUGACAUCAGGAGGGACAGAAAGUAUAUUAAUGGCAGUGAAAUCUUCACGGGAUUAUAUGAAAACUAAGAAGGGAAUAACUAACCCAGAAAUGAUUAUACCAGUUUCAGCUCAUUCAGCAUAUGACAAGGCUGCACAAUAUUUUAAGAUCAAAUUGUGGCGUGUUCCUGUGGACCAAGAUUUUAAAGCUGAUGUUAAAGCCAUCAAACGACAUAUUAACCGGAACACAAUAAUGAUUGUUGGAUCAGCACCUGGCUUCCCUCAUGGAAUUAUUGACCCAAUUGAGGAGCUUGGUGAAUUAGCUUAUACCCACGGGAUCUGUUUGCAUGUUGACCUUUGCCUCGGUGGGUUUGUGUUGCCUUUUGCUCGUAAGCUUGGGUAUCCUUUGCCCCCAUUUGAUUUCUCUGUCAGAGGAGUAACAUCCAUAUCUGUGGAUGUUCACAAGUAUGGGCUGGCUCCUAAAGGAACGAGUGUGGUUCUAUACAGGGACCAUGACAUACGGAAGAAUCAAUUUGUUGCUGUCACUGAGUGGACUGGUGGGCUCUAUGUAUCUCCGACAAUUGCUGGAAGCAGGCCUGGAGCUCUGAUAGCCGGAGCUUGGGCAGCAAUGAUGUCCCUUGGGUUAGAAGGUUAUCUAGAAAACACAAGGAAGAUCAUGGAAGCGUCAAAGAGACUAGAGGAGGGGGUGCGCCAAAUUCCAGAACUGUUUGUCGUUGGAAGGCCCGAUAUGACACUUGUGGCUUUCGGGUCCAACAGCAUGGACAUAUUUGAAGUGAACGACAUCAUGUCAUCGAAAGGAUGGCACUUGAAUGCACUACAGAGGCCUAAUAGCAUCCAUAUCUGUGUGACUCUUCAACAUGUGAAUGUAAUUAACGACUUCAUCAAGGAUCUGGCAGACUCUGUUCAAACUGUGAAGGCGAAUCCCGGGCCUAUGAAAGGAGGGCUUGCUCCGAUAUACGGUGCUGCUGGAAAAAUGCCGGAUAGAGGAAUGGUUCAAGAUUUGUUGGUCGACUUCAUGGAUAACUCCUGCUAGCUCAAUCUGUAUCCCUAUUUGUUCAAUAAAUUCUUGCUAAUCUUAUUCUACGUUCAUUUACCAUGUCCCUUUUUCAUGUGUAUAUUAUUCCAUUAAUGUAAAAAAUUCUGCAUGACAUAUUUACAACAUUAUUAUUACCCUCUCAAGAGAGAGACAGGUAUCUGAGUGAGAAGAUUCACAAUUAUUUGUUA